GAAAGUCCUUGUCACGUAAAUGCUGUUGCACAUUUCAUCAAUGGAUUGGCUGAAUGCUUCUGUAAACACGGUUUCUAUGGAAAUGGAGAAAAUUGCGCAGGUAUAACUUUUCAGGUUGAAGGAAUUCUAUUAUUUGAAAAAUGAAUCAAUCAAAAUUGGGUGAGUAAUUUUUAUUGGGUGUAAUUACAUAGGUGAUUAUUGAAAAUUCUCCACGCUGAUUGGUUGCCGUUGAGGUGAUUAUAACGUGAUAAUCACCUAAGCGAUUUUCGAAAUGGCGGCCGAGGCCAUUUUGUCAAUUAAAUGACGAACAAAUGUGUAUUUAUUAUUUUUUCCAAAUGAUCACCUAUGAAAUUAUCCUAAAACAAUUAUUCAGCUCAGGCUCCGUGAUUAUCGUGAAUAAAAACCUCGACUUCGUCUCGGUUUUUAUUCGCCGAUAGUCACCUCGCCUUCGGCGAAUAAUUGUUAAAUACUUAAACUAAUUUGAAACUAAUAAAAUGACAUUUGGUGCAUGUUUUACGAACACGUCAUGACGCUAAGAAACUCUAAAAACUGUAUCUUGCAAAUUUAUGGUCAUGUUAAGUUACAUCGCGAAAAUUUCUGUCAUGCGUUCCAAAUCCAGGUGUCAAUCUCGAUUUCGGUGAUUUACGUUGAUGUUGAAUACAAUAAUACAAUAAAAAGUAAAAAAUGUUGAUCAAAGUGCAUCUUUAAUUUUAGAUAUAAACGAGUGCUGGAAUUCUUGUGCAUGUGGUGACGGUCAAGAAUGUGUUAACCUGGAAGGUUCCUAUGAGUGUAGAACACCUGAACCAGGUAGUGUAUAAUAGCGAGCUUAAGAUGCACCAAAUCUGCGACGCGGACGCGACUAAAAAACAGUCGUUAAAGUGAAUUGGAGGCUGGUUUUACUUUGUUUUUCUCGUAUCCCUGGCUUUGUUUACCAACUGCCAUCGAUAGUUUUUACCCGUGAAAUGAAACUGUGCUAAUAGCGGCAGUUUUUCGUCACGUCCGCGUCGUAGAUUUGGUGCCACUUAAUAACGAAACUCCCUAUUAGGGUGUUUAUAAGGCGUGGGUUGUCACAGUUGGCAAUUAAGUAUUUUGCCCGACCAAAAGGGCGUGGCGAAAGUCGUGCCCAAUGGACAUUUCAGUCCCUUAUUAAUAUUUUUUUCCCGAGAGGGGGGGAGGGGAGAGGAGAAAACAUUUUCGAACAUACCAUUUUUCACUAACUCACCGAAAUUUGUACAAUUUUUCAGUAAUAUUUUCGUAAUUUUCAGUAAUUUGAAAUGUAAACAAACAUUGAAAAACGUUUGCAGUUAAUAAUUGCAUGCAAAUGGUAGUAAUUAUUCAUCAUUGAAUUGGUGUUGCAUGUUCUAAUGCGAUCAGAUUUUCUGUUAUCCCAUAUUAUGAUCAGCGUCCAUGUCAUCCAAGAUAUUUAACAAUUAGUCGCCGAAGGAGAGGCAAUUAUAAUUCUAUAUUCACUGAACCGAAGGUGAAGCGAAUAUUUAAAAAAGAAAACGAGUCGCGUGCGUUUAUGGUGUGAUAAUCCACGAAGGGAAUGUUUGGAGAAUACGAGAGAAGCCUGUAAUUCACGAGGCGUAGCCGAGUGUUUUACACGCCUCUCGAGUGUUUUCCCAACAUUCCCCGAGUGCUUUAUCACACCAUAAACGCACGAGACAAGUUUUUCUAUUUCUUUUAUAAUGUAAGUGGAAAAUAUUACAUAUAGUAAACAAUUUUACUCAAAAGAUCGACGUUGAAAUUCUCCUAACGUGUACUCAGUGACGUCACGCGCAUGCUGUGCAACCAUAAAAGGAAAAGGUUAAUUGAUUGUGAACACUCAAUUGCAAGAUCUAUGGGUAGCUGGCAAACAAAUUAAACUAUUAAAUGAAUGUAUAUAAAUUGCCACUCGAUAAUUUCCAUCUACAAGAUCCUUCAACUUUUAUUCAAUCGUGUGAGAUGCGCAACAAAAUUUCGAAUUUACCCAUAACUUAACAUGGCAGUACCCUAGGAUAUAUACAUGAACUUGUGGUUAGAGCUCGACAACUGGCCUCUGUAGCUCAGUUGGUUAGAGCGCUGUACCUCAAUCGCAGGGCCGCAGAUUCGAUUCCUGCCAGGGACCUAUAUAGCUAGUUGCAUUUUUCGCAACUAUUCCGUGUUAGGUCUAAUAAAUGUAUAUAUAUUUUCACUCAAUAAUUUCCAUUUACAAGACAGUUCAACUAUUAUUCAAACGAGUGAAAUGCCAGCAAAAUCUUGAUAUUUACCCACAGCAAAACAUGACACGGCUAUUAUGUUAGAAAACAUUAUCACCGCACAAUUGCAGGGUUCAAAUUUGUAUAUAUCUGCACAAUAUAGUAAGGUUCCGUUUUGCUACAUAGCUUUUCACUAAAAUUAACGAUCGCUGACCUAAAGAUUAGUGCAAGCAGACGUAUAGGGUUUGCUCAACUAUACGCAAAAUGGACAACCUAUAGCUCGACCAGAGAUGACCAAAAUAGCGAUAUUUUAAUGACAAAAUUAAACAUCAACUGAAUUGAAAUAAAAAAAUUAACUUACCUAAUGCUUUGUUGAAAUUUUGUUGAAGUAUUCUGCUGACCAAAUCUCGAGGUUUUUUCCACAAAUACAAACUUUUACAUCAAUGCAAACUUUCCCUUACUUUGCUGAUAUUAAGAUGUCCGUCUCAUAGCAUAAGCAACAGUUUCCAAAAAUAAAGUCGAUGUCGAAAAACAAAGAAUCGACAAAUGUUCGACCUGUCGACAAUCGAUCUUUCGAUCUUUCUAUAUAUACACCUGCAAUAUUAUUUUAAUGGUUAUCGGCACACGAAACAUACAUGCUGGUUUAACGUAACAUAGUGGCUAGCCCCUGACCGGUCAGGCACAAAAAAGCACAGUGAGUCUCUUUCCGUACCUCCAUUCUCUCCAACAGAGAUUACUUGCGAUGACAACGCAGAAGAACAUGAGAUUAAUGGGGUGACUGAAUGUUUCUGUAAACCUGGUUUCCACGGAAACGGAGAAAAUUGCACAGGUAUAUAUAUUUAAAUACCAAUUAUUUACUGAUCAUUUACUGAUUUAAAUUAAACUUGAUUUCUUUUUCUGAUUUUGGUCAAAGAAUUAUUUUUUACAAAUACAUAGAUUUGCCGAUUGAGUAACUAUAUAGAUUUUUAUAAUUUUAUAUAUACUAGCUUUUCAUAAUUUUGAUAUUGAAAAGUGAAUAAAUGUAAAAGUUUCUGAAAUGUUCUCUGAUCCUAUAAUUUAUUUCGUAAAACGUUUAAAAUAUCUAUGAUUCUUUUUUUGCAGACAUAAAUGAAUGUUGGAAUAAUUGUGCAUGUUCUGGUAAUGAAAUAUGCGAGAACAUCCCAGGUUCAUAUCUUUGCAUACCACAAGGACCAGGUAUUUGUUACCUAGUGUUUUUGUACGAAGUAUAUUCCACUGGAAAUACUGAUAUUUCUUCGUUACUACAUGACUGUUCACGUUAUGUUCUACGAUACUAUAGAAAACUAUAAAUAAAUAAUUCUGGCAUUCAAUGUUUCCAUAGAAGUUAAUGCUGUGGGGUAGGAUGAUAAAAUCACGAUUCACUAUGUUUAUUUCCAAUAGAGGACAAUUGCCAUCCUGAUGCUGUGGGGCAUUUAAUCAACGGUGUAAUAGAAUGUUUCUGCAAACCUGGAUUUUAUGGAAGUGGCGAAAAUUGUACAGGUAUAUGCUUCAAAAACAAAUGCGAAAUUUUUUGUCAUGGUUACCAAAGUCAAAGAGUCUUUAACGAAUCAAGUAAUUUGAAAUAUUUUAAAUCCCAUUAUAUGUUCGCUUAAGAUUUCUCGAUUAAGGAUAUAUACAGAACAUUUUCAUACAUUUUGGUAUCGAAAAGUACAUGAACAUUAUUGUUUCAUUUAAGAUCUUUCGGUAAAAAGUUUAAAUUAAAUACAAACAGUAUUCGCAUGAUAUUUCUUUGAAACGAUUUCCACAUAUCAUUUCCGUCUAUCAGAAAAUUAUUUCGAUAAUUAUACUGUAGUCGGAUAGCAUGGUCACCCACGUUGCUAUUCAAUUAAAAGAAAAAAGGAUGUGUUUGAAAAUAUUUAUGAUUUAGUUUCUUUUUUUGCAGACAUAAAUGAAUGCUGGAACAAUUGUGCAUGUUCCGGAGAUGAAAUAUGCGAGAACGUCCGAGGUUCAUAUACUUGUCGACCUGGAGAACCAGGUAUUUAUGAAGUAGUCUGAUGUUAUUGUAAAAAGUAUAUUCCACUGAAGCUAGUAAUGAUUUUUCUCUGAUUUCCUCGAAACAAGUACGUACGGCGGCGUAUAGGAUGAUAGAAUAAUGACUAAUUCACCAUAUAUAUUUCCAACAGAGGACAAUUGUCAUCCAGAUGCUGUGGGGCAUGUAAUCAACGGUGUAAUCGAAUGUUUCUGCAAACCUGGUUUUUAUGGAAGCGGCGAAAAUUGUACAGGUAUGCAUCAAAAACAGAUUUGUAAAUUUUUCAUAUCAUAGUUACAAAAGAGUGUGUGCAAUCUUAUGAAUCAAGUAAGUUCAUCAAUAUUAAAUCCCUUUUUAGUGUUCAUGGAAAAUUUCUCGAUUGACUUAAUAUGUAUCGAAGGUUUUAAAUUUUUGUUUUGAAAACUAAUUAAACAUCGUUUAAUCUUAAUCGUUCGGAAACACAGUUUAAAUUGAAUUCAAAGAGUAGCUACUUGAUUUAUAUUUAUACGAAAAGUUUGCCGCCUAUUAUUACCGUCAAAACAGUCAACUAGUUGGACAGUAUGGUUGGUUACCUUGCUGCAAUUAAUUCAAAGUUAAAAGAACGUGUUUCAAAAUGUAUUUGAAUCUUUUUUUCUAUUUGCAGACAUAAAUGAAUGUUGGAACAAUUGUGCAUGUCCUGGAGAUGAAAUAUGCGAGAACGUCCGAGGUUCAUAUACUUGUAGACCAGGAGAACCAGGUAAUAUGUGUUACAUAAAAUUUUUGAACAAAGUAUAUUUCUAUAAGUACUCUAGAGUUGAAAUUUCAUCCUUACUACUUACUACUUACCUGUUCAUCCUAUGUUUCGAAACAAGUUUAUAGUGUUGUGAGGUGAGGCGAUAAAUUAACGAUUGACCAUGUUUAUUUCCAACAGAGAACAAUUGCCAUCCUGAUGCUGUGGGGCAUUUAAUCAACGGCGUAAUCGAAUGCUUCUGCAAACCAGGUUUUUAUGGAAGUGGCGAAAAUUGUACAGGUGUGUGAUUCAAAAGCAAAUGUGUGUAUUUUUGUGUCAUAGUUAGAGCAAAGAGCUAUUAACGAAACAAGUAAUUCGCAAAAUUUUGAAAUCUUUUGUUACGUUCACGGAAGAUUUCUAGUGAAUAUUUACCGAACGAUUUAAUAAUUAUUUGUUUUGAAAAGUAAAAAAUGUUUUUUCAUUUUAAAUGUUCGGAAAUCCAGGUAUCUGUUAACUGUCAUAAUGGGCUGCUCUGGAAAAGAUUGCCGCGUAUCUUUCCGGUCAAGAUUAUACAAUUAGUUGGACAGCAUGGUCACCUUGCGCGCAAUUGAUUCAAAGUUAAAAGAACGUGUUUCAAAAUGUAUUUGAAUCUUUUUUCUAUUUGCAGACAUAAAUGAAUGUUGGAACAAUUGUGCAUGUCCUGGAGAUGAAAUAUGCGAGAACGUCCGAGGUUCAUAUACUUGUAGAGCAGGAGAACCAGGUAUUUGUUACCUAAAUGUUUUGAACAAAGUGUAUUCCUAUAACUACUGUAGAGUUGAUAUUUCAUCCUUACUACUUAACUGUUCACCCUAAUAGUUUGUUUCGAAACAAGCUUAUAGCGUUGUGAGGUAAGAUGAUAAAUUAACGAUUGACCACGUUUAUUUCCCACAGAGAACAAUUGCCAUCCUGAUGCUGUGGGGCAUUUAAUCAACGGCGUAAUCGAAUGCUUCUGCAAACCAGGUUUUUAUGGAAGUGGCGAAAAUUGUACAGGUGUGCUUCAAAAACAAAUGUCUGUAUUUUUGUGUCAUAGUUAGAGCAGAGAGUUUUAACAAGUCAAGUGGUUUGGAACAUUUUGAAUUCUUUUGUUACGUUCACGGAAGAUUUCUCGAUUGAGUGAAUAUUUACCGAACGAUUUAAUAAUUAUUUGUUUUGAAAAGUAAAUAAAUGUUUUUUAAUUUUCAAUGUUCGGAAAACCAGAUAUCUGUUACCUGUGAUAAUUGGCUGCUCUGGAAAGGAUUGCCCCUUAUUUUGCGAUCAAGAUUAUACAAUUAGUUGGACAGCAUGGCCACCUUGCUGGUAUUGAUUCAAAGAUAAAAGGCCGUGUUUCAAAAUGUAUUUGAAUCUUUUUUCUACUUGCAGACAUAAACGAAUGUUGGAACAAUUGUGCAUGUCCUGGAGAUGAAAUAUGCGAGAACGUCCGAAGUUCAUAUACUUGUAGACCAGGAGAACCAGGUAUUUAUUACCUAAAUUUUUUGAACAAAGUAUAUUCCCAUAACUAGAGUUGAUAUUUCAUCUUUACUACUUAACCGUUCAUGCUAUGUUUCGAAACAAGUAUAUAGUGCUGUGAGGUAAGAUGAUAAAUUAAGGAUUGACCAUGUUUAUUUCCAACAGAGAACAAUUGCCAUCCUGAUGCUGUGGGGCAUUUAAUCAACGGCGUAAUCGAAUGCUUCUGCAAACCAGGUUUUUAUGGAAGUGGCGAAAAUUGUACAGGUGUGUUCUUCAAAAGCAAAUUUGUGUAUUUUUGUGUCAUAGUUAGAGCAAAGAGUUAUUAACGAAUCAAGUAAUUUGGAACAUUUUGAAUUCUUUUCUUACGUUCACGGAAGAUUUCUUGAUUGAAUGAAUAUUUACCUAACGAUUUAAUAAUUAUUUGUUUUGAAAAGUAAAUAAAUGUUUUUUAAUUUUAAAUGUUCGGAAAACCAGGUAUCUGUUACCUGUGAGAAUGGGCUGCUCCGCAAAAGAUUGCUGCGUAUCUUUCCGGUCAAGGUUAUACAAUUAGUUGGACAGCAUGGUCACCUUGCGCGCAAUUGACUCAAAGUUAAAAGAACGUGUUUCAAAAUGUAUUUGAGUCUUUUUUUCUAUUUAAGUAAAGUAAAUAAACAUUGUUCUAAAGUAAAUAAACAUUGCUUGAUUUUAAAUCGUUCGGAAACAAGUUUAGAUUGAAUUCAAAUAGUAUUUGAUGUUUAUCUAAAAUCUAAAAAGAUUUCUUCCUGUCUUUCGUUCAAGUCAGAAAACUAUUUAGCUAAAAGCUAACUAGUUAGUCAGCAUAGUGAGCCAUGCUGCUAUUGUUUGACACACAAGAGAAUGUGUUUCAAAAUGUAUAUACUUCUUAAUCCUUUUUUAGACAUAAAUGAAUGCUGGAACAAUUGUGCAUGUCCUGGAGAUGAAAUAUGCGAGAACGUCCGAGGUUCAUAUACUUGUAGACCAGGAGAACCAGGUAAUAUGUGUUACACAAAAUUUUUGAACAAAGUAUAUUUCUAUAACUACUGUAGAGUUGAUAUUUCAUCCUUACUACUUACUACUUACCUGUUCAUCCUAUGUUUCGAAACAACUUUAUAGUGUUGUGAGGUGAGGCGAUAAUUUAACGAUUGACUUUGUUUAUUUCCCACAGAGAACAAUUGCCAUCCUGAUGCUGUGGGGCAUUUAAUCAACGGCGUAAUCGAAUGCUUCUGCAAACCAGGUUUUUAUGGAAGUGGCGAAAAUUGUACAGGUGUGCUUUAAAAGCAAAUGUGUGUAUUUUUGUGUCGUAGUUAGGGACGGACCAUUUGAUUUUUGAUGGGGGUGGGUAUAGAAUCGCAAUAAAAAAAAAUCGGGGAAGCUAUUCGAACUUCAAAAAAAUAUCGUGCAAGAAUAAACGGACAAAAAAGUAUCGAGCAAGACUUUCGUGUGGUAAUCCUUUUUUGCCAUUCGGAGCCGUUUCCACGUGUAGCCCAUGGCCGUAUGUAGCAACCGGUGGGGGGGGGGGGGCUGCAGGGUCCAGGAAAUGGCAUUUCAGAGUCUCUAAAUUUAAAAAUUUCCUCUGGCCUUCGGCCCUCGCUUUCAGCCCCCCAAUGAAAAAGAGCUUCCUACGGCCCUGUAGCCUAAAUAAUAGGAGGACCAGUAUAAUUCCAAAAAUGGUUGUUCUUUAUUUCUUUACUCCGACUCCUAUGAUGAACAUGUACGUAAAAUACUACGAAAACUACGAUUAAAUCACGGCCGUAGAAACUAAAAUAGGUGAAAUUUUUAUGGGACACGAUCAAAGGCGAGGAUAUAAGAGCGAGUGAUUGAAAUGGAGUAGGAAUAACGUACAGGGGUAUGCGUUUCGACCUAACAGUUUUCUUCAGCAGGGAUUUUAAGAGGGGGAGGGGUGUAGAUAUAAUUUGAGGGAUGAAAAUAAUGAUAACACCGUGCAGGGUUUGAUUUUUGUUUAAUUGAAAUAUAUGAAUAUACAAUAAUAACUAAAACAUGUACAUAUAUAACAAAACCAAAACAGAGAUUAGUAAAUGAAUGAUACGAUAUGACCAAUAGAUAGCUAUAGCUAGUUCUUGUGUGGAUUUUGCUACGUAGAGGAUCCAAGUUCACAUUAUUUUCCGAACUCCUAAACUCUCCUUUCUUCUCCUCUGCAAAUUCUAUAUACCUCCCUUUAAAAAACCCUGCUGAAGAAGACUUUUAGGUCGAAACGCGUGUAGGGUUGCCUUUCCUACUCAAUUCAAUCUCUCACUCUUAUAUCCUCACCUUUUAUGGAGUCCCAUAAAAAUUUCACCUACUUUAGUUUCUAUAUAUAAUCGUAGUUUCCCUAGUUUUUUACGUACAUGUUCAUCAUAGGAGUCGGACUAAAGAAAUGAAGAAAACCAUUUUUUGAAUACUGGUGCUCUCAUAGUUAGGCUACAAAAUGUCUUACACCAAUACUUGUUCACUGAUUACCUAUUAUAUAGCAAAAAAUGUAAAAACAAAAACCUAAAAAAUGUAUAUACAUGCACACAAAAAAAUAUCGUGCAAGUCCUCUGACUGACAAAAAAAAUCGAACAGUGUCAAGAGGCGGAAAAAUAUCGAGCAAACUGAAAAUCUACCCCCUCAAAAGUCAAAUGGUACGUCCUUUAGAGCAGACAGUUAUUAACGAAUCAAGUAAUUUGCAACAUUUUGAAUUCUUUUGUUACGUUCACGGAAGAUUUCUAGUGAAUAUUUACCGAACGAUUUAAUAAUUAUUUGUUUUGAAAAGUAAAUAAAUGUUUUUUCAAUUUUAAAUGUUCGGAAAUCCAGGUAUCUGUUAACUGUCAUAAUGGGCUGCUCCGGAAAAGAUUGCCGCGUAUCUUUCCGGUCAAGAUUAUACAAUUAGUUGGACAGCAUGGUCACCUUGCCGCAAUUGAUUCAAAGUUAAAAGAACGUGUGUCAAAAUGUAUUUGAAUCUUUUUUUCUAUUUGCAGACAUAAAUGAAUGUUGGAACAAUUGUGCAUGUCCUGGAGAUGAAAUAUGCGAGAACGUCCGAGGUUCAUAUACUUGUAGAGCAGGAGAACCAGGUAUUUGUUACCUAAAUUUUUGGAACAAAGUGUAUUCCUAUAACUACUGUAGAGUUGAUAUUUUAUCCUUACUACUUAACUGUUCACCCUAAUAGUUUGUUGCGAAACAAGCUUAUAGCGCUGUGAGGUAACAUGAUAAAUUAACGAUUGACCACGUUUAUUUCUCACAGAGAACAAUUGCCAUCCUGAUGCUGUGGGGCAUUUAAUCAACGGCGUAAUCGAAUGUUUCUGCAAACCAGGUUUUUAUGGAAGUGGCGAAAAUUGUACAGGUGUGCUUCAAAAGCAAAUGUGUGUAUUUUUGUGUCAUAGUUAGAGCAGAGUUAUAAACGAAUCAAGUAAUUUGCAACAUUUUGAAUUCUUUUGUUACGUUCACGGAAGAUUUCUAGUGAAUAUUUACCGAACGAUUUAAUAAUUAUUUGUUUUGAAAAGUAAAUAAAUGUAUUUUUUUAAUUUUAAAUGUUCGGAAAUCCAGGUAUUUGUUAACUGUCAUAAUGGGCUGCUCCGGAAAAGAUUGCCGCGUAUCUUUCCGAUCAAGAUUAUACAAUUAGUUGGACAGCAUGGUCACCUUGCUGCAAUUGACUCAAAGUUAAAAGAACGUGUUUCAAAAUGUGUUUGAAUUUUUUUUUCUAUUUUCAGACAUAAAUGAAUGUUGGAACAAUUGUGCAUGUCCUGGAGAUGAAAUAUGCGAGAACGUCCGAGGCUCAUAUUCUUGUAGACCAGGAGAACCAGGUACUAUGUGUUACAUAAAUUUUUUUAACAAAGUAUAUUUCUAUAACUACUGUAGAGUUGAUAUUUCAUCCUUACUACUUAACUGUUCACCCUAAUAGUUUGUUUAGAAACAAGCUUAUAGCGCUGUGAGGUAACAUGAUAAAUUAACGAUUGACCAUGUUUAUUUCCCACAGAGAACAAUUGCCGUCCUGAUGCUGUGGGGCAUUUAAUCAACGGCGUAAUCGAAUGCUUCUGCAAACCAGGUUUUUAUGGAAGUGGCGAAAAUUGUACAGGUGUGCUUCAAAAGCGAAUGUGUCUAUUUUUGUGUCAUAGUUAGAGCAAAGAGUUAUUAACGAAUCAAGUAAUUUGCAACAUUUUGAAUUCUUUUGUUACGUUCACGGAAGAUUUCUAGUGAAUAUUUACCGAACGAUUUAAUAAUUAUUUGUUUUGAAAAGUAAGUAAAUGUAUUUUUUUAAUUUUAAAUGUUCGGAAAUCCAGGUAUCUGUUAACUGUCAUAAUGGGCUGCUCCGGAAAAGAUUGCCGCGUAUCUUUCCGAUCAAGAUUAUACAAUUAGUUGGACAGCAUGGUCACCUUGCUGCAAUUGACUCAAAGUUAAAAGAACGUGUUUCAAAAUGUGUUUGAAUUUUUUUUUCUAUUUUCAGACAUAAAUGAAUGUUGGAACAAUUGUGCAUGUCCUGGAGAUGAAAUAUGCGAGAACGUCCGAGGCUCAUAUUCUUGUAGACCAGGAGAACCAGGUACUAUGUGUUACAUAAAUUUUUUUAACAAAGUAUAUUUCUAUAACUACUGUAGAGUUGAUAUUUCAUCCUUACUACUUAACUGUUCACCCUAAUAGUUUGUUUCGAAACAAGCUUAUAGCGCUGUGAGGUAACAUGAUAAAUUAACGAUUGACCAUGUUUAUUUCCCACAGAGAACAAUUGCCAUCCUGAUGCUGUGGGGCAUUUAAUCAACGGCGUAAUCGAAUGCUUCUGCAAACCAGGUUUUUAUGGAAGUGGCGAAAAUUGUACAGGUGUGCUUCAAAAGCGAAUGUGUCUAUUUUUGUGUCAUAGUUAGAGCAAAGAGUUAUUAACGAAUCAAGUAAUUUGCAACAUUUUGAAUUCUUUUGUUACGUUCACGGAAGAUUUCUAGAAAAGUAAAUAAAUGUUUUUGAAAAGUAAAUAAAUGUUUUUUUAAUUUUAAAUGUUCGGAAAUCCAGGUAUCUGUUAACUGUCAUAAUGGGAAGCUCAGGAAAAGAUUGCCGCGUAUCUUUGCGGUCAAGUUUACACAAUUAGUUGGACAGCAUGGUCACUUUGCCGCAAUUGAUUCAAAGUUAAAAGAACGUGUUUCAAAAUGUAUUUGAAUCUUUUUUCUAUUUGCAGACAUAAAUGAAUGUUGGAACAAUUGUGCAUGUCCUGGAGAUGAAAUAUGCGAGAACGUCCGAGGUUCAUAUACUUGUAGAGCAGGAGAACCAGGUAUUUGUUACCUAAAUUUUUUGAACAAAGUGUAUUCCUAUGACUACUGUAGAGUUAAUAUUUUAUCCUUACUACUUAACUGUUCACCCUAAUAGUUUGUUUCGAAACAAGCUUAUAACGCUGUGAGGUAAGAUGAUAAAUUAACGAUUGACCAUGUUUAUUUCCCACAGAGAACAAUUGCCAUCCUGAUGCUGUGGGGCAUUUAAUCAACGGCGUAAUCGAAUGCUUCUGCAAACCAGGUUUUUAUGGAAGUGGCGAAAAUUGUACAGGUGUGCUUCAAAAGCAAAUGUGUGUAUUUUGGUGUCAUAGUUAGAGCAAAGAGUUUUAACAAGUCAAGUGGUUUGGAACAUUUUGAAUUCUUUUGUUACGUUCACGGAAGAUUUCUCGAUUGAGCGAAUAUUUACCGAACGAUUUAAUAAUUAUUUGUUUUGAAAAGUAAAUAAAUGUUUUUUAAUUUUAAAUGUUCGGAAAACCAGGUAUCUGUUACCUGUGAUAAUUGGCUGCUCUGGAAAAGAUUGCCGGUUGUUUUGCGAUCAAGAUUAUACAAUUAGUUGGAGAGCAUGGCCACCUUGCUGGUAUUGAUUCAAAGAUAAAAGACCGUGUUUCAAAAUGUAUUUGAAUCUUUAUUUUCUACUUGAAGACAUAAACGAAUGUUGGAACAAUUGUGCAUGUCCUGGAGAUGAAAUAUGCGAGAACGUCCGAGGUUCAUAUACUUGUAGACCAGGAGAACCAGGUAUUUGUUACCUAAAUUUUUUGAACAAAGUAUAUUCCCAUAACUAGAGUUGAUAUUUCAUCUUUACUACUUACCCGUUCAUCCUAUGUUUCGAAACAAGUAUAUAGUGCUGUGAGGUAAGAUGAUAAAUUAAGGAUUGACCAUGUUUAUUUCCAACAGAGAACAAUUGCCAUCCUGACGCUGUGGGGCAUUUAAUCAACGGCGUAAUCGAAUGCUUCUGCAAACCAGGUUUUUAUGGAAGUGGCGAAAAUUGUACAGGUGUGUGCUUCAAAAGCAAAUUUGUGUAUUUUUGUGUCGUAGUUAGAGCAAAGAGUUAUUAAUUCGAAUCAAGUAAUUUGGAACAUUUUGAAUUCUUUUGUUACGUUCACGGAAGAUUUCUCGAUUGAAUGAAUAUUUACCGAACGAUUUAAUAAUUAUUUGUUUUGAAAAGUAAAUAUUAAAUGUUUUUUUAAUUUUAAAUGUUCGGAAAACCAGGUAUCUUUUAACUGUCAUAAUAGGCUGCUCCGGAAAAGAUUGCCGCGUAUCUUUUCAGUCAAGGUUAUACAAUUAGUUGGACAGCAUGGUCACCUUGCCGCAAUUGAUUCAAAGUUAAAAGAACGUGUUUCAAAAUGUAUUUAAAUCUUUUUUUCUAUUUGCAGACAUAAACGAAUGUUGGAACAAUUGUGCAUGUCCUGGAGAUGAAAUAUGCGAGAACGUCCGAGGUUCAUAUACUUGUAGACCAGGAGAACCAGGUAAUAUGUGUUACAUAAAGUUUUUGAACAAAGUAUAUUUCUAUAGCUACUGUAGAGUUGAUAUUUCAUCCUUACUACUUACUACUUACCUGUUCAUCCUUUGUUUCGAAACAAGUUUAUAGUGUUGUGAGGUGAGGCGAUAAAUUAACGAUUGACCAUGUUUAUUUCCAACAGAGAACAAUUGCCAUGCUGAUGCUGUGGGGCAUUUAAUCAACGGCGUAAUCGAAUGCUUCUGCAAACCAGGUUUUUAUGGAAGUGGCAAAAAUUGUACAGGUGUGUAAUUCAAAAGCAAAUGUGUGUAUUUUUGUGUCAUAAUUAGAGCAAAGCGCUUAUUAACGAAUCAAGUAAUUCGCAAAAUUUUGAAUUCUUUUGUUACCUUCACGGAAGAUUUCUAGUGAAUAUUUACCGAACGAUUUAAUGAUUAUUUGUUUUGAAACGUAAAUAAAUGUUUUUUAAUUUUAAAUGUUCGGAAAUCCAGGUAUCUGUUAACUGUCAUAAUGGGCUGCUCCGGAAAAGAUUGCCGCGUAUCUUUCCGGUCAAGAUUAUACAAUUGGUUGGACAGCAUGGUCACCUUGCCGCAAUUGACUCAAAGUUAAAAGAACGUGUUUCAAAAUGUAUUUGAAUUUUUUUUCUAUUUACAGACAUAAAUGAAUGUUGGAACAAUUGUGCAUGUCCUGGAGAUGAAAUAUGCGAGAACGUCCGUGGUUCAUAUACUUGUAGACCAGGAGAACCAGGUAAUAUGUGUUACAUAAAAUUUUUGAACAAAGUAUAUUUCUAUAACUACUAUAGAGUUGAUAUUUCACCCUUACUACUUACUACUUACCUGUUCAUCCUAUGUUUCGAAACAAGUUUAUAGUGCUGUGAGGUAAGGCGAUAAAUUAACGAUUGACCUUGUUUAUUUCCAACAGAGAUAAAUUGCCAUCCUGAUGCUGUGGGGCAUUUAAUCAACGGCGUAAUCGAAUGCUUCUGCAAACCAGGUUUUUAUGGAAGUGGCGAAAAUUGUACAGGUGUGCUUCAAAAGCAAAUGUGUGUAUUUUUGUGUCAUAGUUAGAGCAGAGAGUUUUAACAAGUCAAGUGGUUUGGAACAUUUUGAAUUCUUUUGUUACGUUCACGGAAGAUUUCUCGAUUGAGUGAAUAUUUACCGAACGAUUAAAUAAUUAUUUGUUUUGAAAAGUAAAUUAAUGUUUUUUAAUUUUAAAUGUUCGGAAAAUCAGGUAUCUGUUACCUGUAAUAAUUGGCUGCUUUGGAAAAGAUUGCCGCCUAUUUUGCGAUCAAGAUUAUACAAUUAGUUGGACAGCAUGGCCACCUUGCUGGUAUUGAUUCAAAGAUAAAAGACUGUGUUUCAAAAUGUGUUUGAAUUUUUUUCUUCUACUUGCAGACAUAAAUGAAUGUUGGAACAAUUGUGCAUGUCCUGGAGAUGAAAUAUGCGAGAACGUCCGAGGUUCAUAUACUUGUAGACCAGGAGAACCAGGUAUAUGUUACCUAAAUUUUUUGAACAAAGUAUAUUCCCAUAACUGGAGUUGAUAUUUCAUCCUUACUAGUUAACCGUUCAUCCUAUAUUUCGAAACAAGUAUAUAGUGCUGUGAUGUAAGAUGAUAAAUUAACGAUUGACCAUGUUUCUUUCCAACAGAGAACAAUUGCCAUCCUGAUGCGUUGGGGCAUUUAAUCAACGGUGUAGUCGAAUGCUUCUGCAAACCAGGUUUUUAUGGAAGUGGUGAAAAUUGUACAGGUAUGUGCUUCAAAAGCAAAUGUGUGUAUUUUUGUGUCAUAGUUAGAGCAAAGAGUUAUUAACGAAUGAAGUAAUUUGGAACAUUUUGAAUUCUUUUGUUACGUUGACGAAAGAUUUCUCAAUUGAGUGAAUAUAUACCCAACGAUUUAAUAGUUAUUUGUUUUGAAAAGUAAAUAAAUGUUUUUUAAUUUUAAAUGUUCGGAAAACCAGCUAUCUAUUACCUUUGAUAAUGGGCUGCUCAGGAAAAGAUUUCCGCCUAUCUUUCUGGUCAAUCUUAUACAAUUAGUUGGACAGCAUGGUCACCUUGCUGCUAUUGAUUCAAAGAUAAAAGAACGUGUUUCAAAAUGUAUGUGAAUCUUUUUUUCUAUUUACAGACAUAAAUGAAUGCUGGAACAAUUGUGCAUGUCCUGGAGAUGAAAUAUGCGAGAACGUCCGAGGUUCAUAUACUUGUAGACCAGGAGAACCAGGUAAGAUGUGUUACCUAAAGAUUUUGAACAAAGUAUAUUCUUAUAACUAGACUUGAUAUUUCAUCCUUACUACUUAACUGUUUAUCCUAUGUUUCGAAAGAAGUUUAUAGUGCUGUGAUGUAAGAUGAUAAAUUAACGAUUGACCAUGUUUAUUUCCAACGUACAGAGAACAAUUGCCAUCCUGAUGCUGUGGGGCAUUUAAUCAACGGUGUAAUCGAAUGCUUCUGCAAACCAGGUUUUUAUGGAAGUGGCGAAAAUUGUACAGGUAUGUGCUUCAAAAGCAAAUGUGUGUAUUUUUGUGUCAUAGUUAGAGCAAAGAGUUAUUAACGAAUCAAGUAAUUUGAAACAUUUUGAAUUCUUUUGCUACAAUCACGGACGAUUUCUCGAUUGAGUGAAUAUAUACCGAACGAUUUAAUAGUUUUUUGUCUUUAAAAGUAAAUAAAUGUUUUUUAGUUUUAAAUGUUCGGAAAAAGUUUAAAUUGGACUCGAAGAAAAUGUGAUAUUAAUUAUCUGAAAAGAUUACCGCCUAUCUUUUCGGUCAAGGUUACACAACUAGUUGGGCAGCAUGGUCACCUUGCUGCUAUUGAUUCAAAGAUAAAAAAAUGUGUUUCAAAAUGUGUAUGCAUCUUUUUUCCUUUUGCAGACAUAGAUGAAUGCUGGAACAAUUGUGCAUGUCCUGGAGAUGAAAUAUGUGAGAACGUCCCAGGUUCAUAUACUUGUAGACCAGGAGAACCAGGUAUCUGUUACCUAAAGUUUUUGAACAAAGUGUAUUCCUAUAACUAGAGUUGAUAUUUCAUUCUUACUACUUAACUGUUCAUCCUAUGUUUCGAAACAAGUUUAUAGUGCUGUGGGGUAAGAUGAUAAAUUAACGAUUGACCAUGUUUAUUUCCAACAGAGGACAAUUGCCAUCCUGAUGCUGUGGGGCAUUUAAUCAACGGUGUAAUCGAAUGCUUCUGCAAACCAGGUUUUUAUGGAACUGGCGAAAAUUGUACAGGUAUGCUUCAAAGACAAAUGUGUGUAUUUUUUUGUCAUAGUUAGAGAAAAGGGUUUUUAACGAAUCAAGUAAUUUGAAACACCUUGAAUUCUUUUGUUACGUUCACGGAAGAUUUCUUGAUUGAGUGAAUAUAUACCGAAAGUUUUAAUAAUUUUUUUUUUGUUUUGAAAAGCAGGCCUUAAAAUAUCGGUCGGUCACGGACAUUGUCCGACCCAUUCGUGAAAUUGUCCGACGUAGAAAGGAAACCACCGGACAUUCUGUCCGACCUAAGUGAAACUGAGAUUUAUUGUUUGUCCGACCCGACUCACCCGAGUGUAUUGGUGUCCGACCGAACUGUAGCUUUGUCCAACGUAAAUCAAAAUGUACCCUAGCCCAGGACAAGAAACUUGUGUGUUAAAUGGAAAAUCAGAGUACUACCGGGUGGCCCAAAAAAAAGUACUCCUGUUUGAUUCGUAAUAACAUCUAAACAAGUAUAGCUUUUAAAGAGAAAUAACUUGCAUCAAAUAGAGGAAGGACUAACUUAGACUUUGAUAUAUUACAGUUGUAUUUCACUUAAAAAUUCACGGAGAUAUUAAUCUUUAAAUUCGGGAGGAUAUUUCUGGAUGUGUCUGAAAUAUGCAAAAAUCGGCGUAUCAAAUAUUAAUCAAGAUUUGCCCGACUGAAACAUGCACUAUUACCAGUAAAUAAAUGACACUUGACAAAUUGUUUAUUAUGAAACAAAGUAUUAUUAUAUCUACAAAAUACAAGCAAGAUUCAUUCGUCCGAAAUUCGCGUGUGUUCCUAGCACGAAUACGUUUCCUUAUUUCAUGAGACCACUGCAUCGCGAAGGAUCGUCAUUGGAUCGUUCGUAGUUCUGAAUUAGGGCAUGCUGUCACAACGGAAUUGUGAAGCUCUUCUAACUUCUGCAACGUUCUGAAAUCUUGUUAAGAACACCCAAACUCUUUUGCCGUUUCUUAAUCUUGGCAAGUUCAUGGAGUAAACUGAGAAUUAUAUGAAACACAAUCAAACCAUACAACUCCAUAAGACAUAACAAUUAAGCAACUCCCCAGAGACAUGCAACAUUUUUGGAACAAAACGUAACAAAAUAGUAGCGUUGAUACGGUGAUGUGUAUUUGCAAAAAGCAAUAUUAUUUCCUUCAAUAAAGAAUAUUCAUCCUGCUCUAACCGAGAAAUAAUCUACUCAGUCUGUUUGAACCCAUUAAAAACAUAAAAAAAUUAGGCUAUUUAAGAAUACGAAAAAUUUAAGCGCCUGCCUUCCAUGGUCAGUCUUUCAUGUACAUUUAAGUUUGCAAAGACCUAAUAUUAAAUACUUGCAUAAUUUCGAACGUUCAUAUUUCAGGAAACAAUGAGCUAAGACUUACAUGUAAGAUGUCUAAAUCUACGCCAUAUCCCUUACAAACCUUAACGAUAAUUCGCUGAAAUACAAGUUAGCCUAAUAUGUCAUUAAGCAAACAAACGCUGGAGUUAAUAUUUGAUAUGCCGAUUUUCGCUAAUUUUAGACACAUUCCAAAAUAUGCUCCCCAUUUUUAACAUUAAUAUAUCCGUGAAUUUUUAAGUUAAAUACAACUGUAAUAUAUCAAAAUCUAAGUUAGUCCUUCCUCUAUUUAAUGCAAGUUAUUUCUCUUUAAAAACUUUACUUGUUUAGAAGUUAUUACGAAUCAAACAGGAGUACUUUUUUUUGGGCCACCCGGUAUUGUAUAAAAGGUCAACUGGAAAUGUUGUUUUAACGUAGUCGAGCACGGGGCGGCGAGCGAAAUGGUGAAGUGGAAAACGGGCUUAAGUUGUCGAAGUCUUUUUGAUACUGCUGUUCUGGAAAGCAAGUUAAUUUUGGCUUGGAAAUAAGUAUGAAAAAAACAAAUUAUUUAAUAUUUUUACAACAUUUACCGUUUAUUCAUUUGGGUCAUUCAGACUUAUUUCCGAGUCAAAAAUGAACUGAAGGUCAUCGGACAUAUGUCCGACCCAAACUCAACGUCACCGGACAUUUUGUCAGACGGCCCUGCAAAAGAUAUUUUAAGGUCUGUGAAAAGUAAAUAAACAUUGUUCCAUUCUAAAUCGUUCGCAAACAAGUUUAGAUUGAAUUCAAAUAGUAUUUGAUAUUUAUCUAAAACCUAAAAAGAUUUCCACCUGUCAUUUCGUUCAAAUCAGAAAACUAGUUAAUUAAAGCUAACUAGUUUAGCAAGCAUGGUGAGCCAUGCUGCUAUUGAUUGACACACAAGAGAAUGUGUUUCAAAAUGUGUAUGAUUCUUAUUCCUUUUCUAGACAUAAAUGAAUGCUGGAACAAUUGUGCAUGUUCUGGGAACGAAAUAUGCGAGAACGUCCGAGGUUCAUAUACUUGUAGACCAGGAGAACCAGGUAUUUGUUAACUAAAAUUUUUUGAACAAAGUAUAUCCUGCUGGAACUAGUACUGAUAUUUCUUCGUUACUACAUUACUGUUCACUUCAUGUUCCACGAUACUAUAAAAAACUAUACUUUGGCCGGUUGUACGACAGGUGGAUAAAUCGCUAUCCGGUGGAUAAGUCCCUAUCCGGCGGAUAAAUUUUAUCCGGAGUGAAAAUAAUAAUAAUAAUAAUAAUAAUAAUGAUUUAUUAACAGAUCCAACAAAGCGGCUUUUCCCUGUUAGGUACUACAUUAGUAUUAAUGUUCUACUAAUGCGGUAGUCAUUUGAAAUCACGCCCACCCCCCACCCCCGGGACAUAGGAGGGAAUCUAACACGAACCAAGUGUUAAAAUCAUUAAAUCCACCGCCCCUGGGGCAAACUGGUCUGUUAAAACCCCCGUACGGCCGGGCUUUAGUAUACCUAAACAAGACAAAUUCCGCAUCAUGCAUGCAUUUGAAUUACCUGUCUUCCGCAACUUCCAGAUUGAAUUUCCGUCAAGUAUUGUAUUGACAAUGUCUGGUCAUGCAUAUCAAAAUAUCGAUAUGAAAAUGUAAAUAAAUAUGCAAAUAUAAAAUGUAAACAAUAAUAAAAAAUAUCCAAACAAUGGAAAAGGCGAUGCCUGAUACUUAUUGAAUAUUAACAGCAGCGGAUGGCUGAGGAUUAAGUAUAAAGUUUCAAACUAAAAUAUAAAGUUUCAAACGCACGUACCUGUCGAGGAAGUUUUUCGCCAGUCGCCAUUUUCGUUUUUAUGACCCUAUCCGGUCAUUUUAAGUCCCCAGUUAUCCCCGGUCUAUUUAUAUAUAGCGGCUGUUAACUCCCUGGUCAAUUCCCCGAUUAUAAAAAAAGUUGUUAAUUCCACCGCCCUCCGGGGCAUAGCAUGUUGUUAAAUAGCGUUAAAUCCCCGCAAAAUUUUGUUAAUUCCCCGCUAUGUCCCGGGAGUGGGGGGGGGGGGGGCGUGAUUUCAAAUGACUGAAUUGAAGCAUAACAUGAUAUUAUAUAAAACUCUACUACUAAUUAUUGUAACUAAAACUAUACUACAAUUUACAAAGCCAAAAACAAGUUAUUGCAACGUUCCUUAGCUAUGUCCAUAAGGUAGUUCUUUGAUUGUAUGCUAAAACUAACAAGAGUUUCACAAUUUUUAACAUCGUUCGGAAGAAAAAAAAAUCGCGUUGUACGAAGCUUGGAUAGCGCUAUCCAACGGAUAAAAAUGCACUAUCCGUUGGAUAAAUUUAUCCGAGGUCCGGAGGUAGUAAAUCCACUCUCCGGCGGAUAAACUCAAAGUUUGAAGACAAAACAAUGUGUAUUUCAUUUAAAAGGGAUUGCUAUUGUGAUAGAAAUGGACAAAUACCGUUUGAAAGUCCCUUUUUUGACACUAAAUAAACAUGGAAACUUACUUACGACUUCUCUUGCUCUUGACGUACCGAGCUCAUUUUGAGUCACUUUCCCAUUAAAUAAUGCCAUGACUUUGCCAUAUUUUACGCAGACCAGUGUCAGUGCUUAGACGUUAAGUUUUCUGGCUGUUUUCCUUCGUUUUUCUAUUAUAUAUAUUUAAACGAGUUCACUUCAACGCCAAACAAAUAGCUACACGUAAAUAGACAACAAGGCCGUCAAGGCGCCGAAAGUCGAAAAAUUUUGUUCGCUGGCCUUGACCAGCCAAUCAAAUCUUGAGAGAAAAUGUUCUUAAAAUUGUUUUGAAUGAAGUGAAAGGUCAAUGAACAAAUAUUUGGACCGUGGACCGUAUGUAAAAUAAAACUGAAUCAACUUACUGAAACAAGAAAACAAAACUCGCAGUCUUUGCUAUUCAAUUGCCUAUUGCCUUCGCAAAAGAAGCCAAACAUCUUUUAAAGAAAUAUCGAUAAGUAGAUAGCAAACUCUUCACUGUGGGAAAACGAAGUAUUGCAACGAUUGGACGAGAAAAACUCCAAAUACAAACAUGAACAAAAAACCUUUAUUGCAAGUUGAUAGUUCAAAGGUUAGUGGAAUUCAGAAGUUAUACGAAGAUAUUACAACAAAAGUUUACAAAUACCUAGCAACAGCUGACGUAGAGAUAAGAAAUUUCAGGAAAAUCCGGUUUUCUCCGGUUAAUAUUAAGGUUAUCCGACGGAUAGUUAUCCACCCUGUUAUCCGUGCUUCGUACAACGCAUUUUUAUUCGGCAGAUAGCUAUCCAUUGGAUAGGAGAUUUAUCCAUUGGAUAAGACUUAUCCACUGGAUAACUUAUCCACCUUUCGUACAACCGGCCCCAGAUAAAUAAGUCUGGCAUCCUAUGUUUUCAUACUAGUUAGUGCUGUGGGGUAGGAUGAUAAAAUCACAAUUCACCAUGUUUUACCAAUAGAGGAGAAUUGCCAUCCUGAUGCUGUUGGACAUGUAAUCAACGGUGUAAUCGAAUGUUUCUGCAAACCUGGAUUUUAUGAAAGUGGCGAAAAUUGUACAGGUAUACUUCAAAAAUAAAUGUGUACAUUUUUUAUGUCAUAGCUACCAAAGAGUCUUUGACGAAUCAAUUAAUUUGAUACAUUUUAAAUGAUCCUUUUUACUUUCACGGAAAAUUUCUCGUUUGAGUUAAUAUACCGAAGGUUUUCAUAAAUUUUUGUUUUGAAAAGUAAAUAAUCAUUGUUUAAUUUAAGAUCUUUCGGAAACAAGUUUAAAUUGAAUUCAAAUUGAAUUCAAUUUUAAUAUCUGAAACUAUUGUAGUUGGAUAACAUGGUCACCCAUGUCGCUAUUGAAUUAAAAAUCAAAAGAAUGUGUUUCAAAAUAUAUAUGAAGGGUGAAAAUUGUACAAGUAUGCUUCAAAACCGAAUGCGUAAAUAUUUUUAUGUCAUAGUUUGAGCGAAGAGUCUUUGACGAAUCAGGUAAUUUGAAACAUUUUAAAGCCUUUUUACGUUAACGGAAGAUUUUUGGAUUGACUGAAUUAUAACCAAAGGUUUUCAUAAUUUUUCUUUUGAAAAGUGAAAAAAAAUUGUUUAAUUUUAUAUCUUUCGGAAACAAGUUUUAAUUGAAUUCAAAGAGUAUAGAAGAGAUUGCCGCCUAUCAUUUUGGUCAAAUCUGACAACUAGUUGGCUAACUAUAUAUAUAGUUGGCAAGCAUGGUCACCCUUGCUUCUAUUCAUUGAGAGACAAUAUGUUUUUCACAAUGUAUGUUAUUCUUAUUCCUUUUGCAGACAUAAAUGAAUGUUGGAACAAUUGUGCAUGUUCUGGAGAUGAAAUAUGCGACAACGUCCGAGGUUCAUAUUCUUGUAGACCGCGAGAACCAGGUAUUUUUUAGAAACUAAAGUUUUUGAGCAAAGUAUAUUCCACUGGAACUAGUGCUGAUAUUUCUCCGUUACUAUACAUUACAGUUCACUUCUUGUUUUGUGAUUCUAUGUUUCUAAACAAGUAGCGUCGGUACUCAUUUGAUAAAACCAUAAUUUUGCAUGUUAAUUUCCAACAGAGGACACUUGCCAUGAGGAUGCGAUCGGGCAUACAAUUAACGGUGUAAACGAAUGUUUCUGCAAAUCUGGUUUCUACGGAAACGGGGAAAAUUGUACAGGUAUGUUUGAAUUGUGAAUUUUUAAAUUCAUUGAUGAUGUGGUUGACUUAGUUAAUAGAACAGCCAAUUGGUUGCCUUUACCUCUAUAUAUCAUUUUUAAUUUUUUUUAAUCAAAUUAUUAAACUACCACUAGUAUAUAAAUUCUUGGCAAUCGUAGUCUAAAUUGAAAUCGCAAAAAGUGUUGUGAUAAGUAAAAAAAAAAUUGCUGUGGAAGCCAGAAAAAAAUUGAAAUUUUUAACCGAUUUUUGUUUCCCAAUCAGAAAGGCUGAUUUUUGCACACUCAUGGUGAUAUCACAUUUAUUUAAUAUGGUGUUGUUAAUUGAAGGAGAUAAGAGUGUGUUUUACAGUAUAUUGAUCAUUGUGUUUUUAAGACAUAAAUGAAUGCUGGAAUUCUUGUGCAUGCUCUGGUGAUCAAGUAUGUGAGAACUUGCCAGGUUCACAUUCCUGUAGAGAAGUUCCAGGUAUAAUGCUGAUAUUUUUAUCUUAAAAUUUCGAUCCAAUAGCACUUACUAUUAAUAUAAUAAGUCUUUUCAAUGUUAUUGGAGAUUGUAUAUUGCAAACAAGUUAGUGGCUGGUUAUACCAUACUGGUACCAUACAGGUAUUAGGAUACUUUUCCUGAAAAUAUCGUUUAAUAGCCUAGUUAUUAGCUGAUACUGUAAAUUAUGACAUGUAAUUUUAAUCAGUGAAUGUUUUGGCUUUUCUUAAUGCUGUCCUUAUAAGAUUUUACUCCUAGCUACCUUUCUUUUGAAUAAUAUUAAGUUCAACUGAGAUAGAUCACGAUUACUAUACUACAUGUACGUCAAUUCAUGUAUUAUUUUAUUUUGUGUCUGUGUAGAUGUUGAUGAAUGUGCUCUUGGAACUGACAACUGUCACAAUAAUGCUACAUGUAAUAAUACAGAUGGUUCAUUUGAAUGUAGUUGCAAUGAAGGAUAUUCAGGGAAUGGUACAAGCUGUGAAAGUAAGUGGACUGUGAAAGCAAUAUUAAUGAGGGAGGACCGGUUGUUAAAUUAGGAUGGUGGACUGACCUAUCGGGUUCGCAGUUUUUAGGAUUAUCUUCUAUUUUAAAGUCGCACCUAAGAUGUGCUGCAGGUGCACGCUAAACUGACGUCAAACGUUGUACUUUAUCUUAUCUGGCUGUGAAGGGUAAGUGAAGUGUCCUUUCUGCAGAGUUAGCACUUCAUUUCCCGAUAGCAUGUAUACUGUAGUUCCAUUAUUUUGUUAUAAAUGACAAUUUAUUUUGGGCUUUUAAAUGAUAAUAUCUAAUCUUUAACAGUAUAUGUUAAAAAUAUAGGCUACGUUCGAGUCAGAUUAAUUGCUUUGAUCUCACAUUAUUUUAUAAACAGAAUUGCAAUGUAGCUCAUGAAUUUAUUCAUCAAUUAAAACUUUUCAGAUAUUGAUGAAUGUGUAGACAGAUCUCAUGAUUGCCAUUACAACGCUACAUGUACUGAUACUGACGGUUCAUUCAAUUGUUCUUGUAAUUCCGGCUUCUCAGGAAACGGAACUUAUUGUCAAGGUUGGUUACAGAAUACUUGCAUAUUGUGAUAUUAUAGACAUUUGGUUCAUAAUUAUUUGACCUUCGCUUAUUGCCAAGCUUUCUCAGACUCUAACACAUGUGACUGCUGUAGGGCGAUUGCUAGUGAUACUCCCGUCAAUGAUUGGAAAUAAAAGUUCUGAAAAAGUAUGCGUGUGAAGAAGUGAAAUAUGCGUAUAUAGAUAUACAUGAAAUAGCCGACGUCUCCCAGAAUUCAGGAUUUUGUCCAUUUGAGAAUGUAAAACUUGCCACAUACCUUGUGAAUACGAUGUUUUACUUUUGGAUUAACGCCAGUAUCGUUGCUUUUCUUUCGGAGUGCAUAUUAUUUGGAAUAUUGAUGAUAACAUUUUUCAAAAUUUCCUUCAAAAUUUUAAAAAAAAGAGGUUUUUCUCAUCCUUAGUAUAUUUUUUCGGCCAUCUUGUUUGCGUGAUCGCCGCGCGUAGUUUAUGCGAAUCAUGUGACCCGGGUGACAUGAUCAAAUCGCCAUGUGAUAUAUGAUUCAAGCCGUCAAAUAUGAUGACGUAUGGUCCGAUUCGAUGACAAAUUUCAUGCUCAUGUGGCACAAACUUAGCUCUCUGAUUGGACAUUUUGAAUUUGAGGUAUAAUAUUACAAUACAUUUCACAUUAUUACAUGUUGUCCAACACUAACGCAGCUGGGAUUUAUAUUCUCAGUUAAGCAAUCAUGUAUCAAUAAAUUUACGUCAAUUCAUAUAUUAUUUUAUUAUGUGUCUGUGUAGAUGUUGAUGAAUGUGCUCUUGGAACUGACAACUGUCACGAUAAUGCUACAUGUAAUAAUACAGAUGGUUCAUUUGAAUGUAGUUGCAAUCAAGGAUAUUCAGGGAAUGGUACAAGCUGUGAAAGUAAGUGGACUGUGAAAGUGAUAAUAAUGAGGGAGGACCGGUUGUUAAAUUAGGAUGCUGGAUUGACUUAUCGGAUUCGCAGGUUUAAGGAUUAGCUUCUAUUUUAAUUAAAGUCGCUACCGAAGAGGUGCUGCAGGUGCAUACUAACUGACGUCAAGCGUUCUACUUUAUUUUAUCUGGCCGUGAAGGUUAAUAGAAGUGUCGUUGCUGCAGAGUUAGCACUUCAUUUCCCGAUAGCAUGUAUAGUUCCAUUAUUUUGUUAUAAAUGACAAUUUAUUUUGUGCUUUUGGUUUGAUCUCGCAUUAUUUUAUAAACAUAAUUGCAAUGUAGCUCAUGAAUUUAUUCAUCAAUUAAAACUUUACAGAUAUUGAUGAAUGCGUAGACAGAUCUCAUGAUUGCCAUUAUAACGCUACAUGUACUGAUACUGACGGUUCAUUCAAUUGUUCUUGUAAUUCCGGCUUCUCAGGAAACGGGACUUAUUGUCAAGGUUGGUUACAGAGUACUUGCAUAUUGUGAUUUUAUAGACAUUUGGUUCAUAAUUAUUUGACCUUGGGUUAUUGUCAAGCUUUCUCAGAUUCGAACACAGUGACUGCUGUAGGACGAUUGCUAGUGAUACGCCCGUCAAUGAUUGGAAAUAAAAGUUCUGAAAAAGUAUGCGUGUGAAGAAGUGAAAUAAGUGUAUGCAUAGAUAUACCUGAAUUAGCCGACGUCUCCCAGAAUUCAGGAUUUUGCCAAUUUGAGAAUGUAAAACUUGCCACAUACCUUUGUGAAUACGAUGUUUUAUUUUUGGUUUAACGCCAGUAUCGUUGCUUUUCUUUCGGAGGAGUGCAUAUCGUUUGGAAUAUUGAUGACAACUUUUUUCAAAAUUUCAUCUCAUCCUUAGUAUAUUUUUUGGGCCAUCUUGUUUGCGUGAUCGAUGCGUGUGGUUUACGCGAAUCAUGUCACCGGGUAGUCUCCUCACUCGCAGACGUUCUUAUAGCUCUAACCACAGGGAGCCCAAGCGUUGAUCUGUGUUAAUGUUGUAUGUUUUUCAGUUUAUUUAUUUUAGUGUCUUUAUAUUGCAUUUUAAUUUAAUUAUAACACUAAAUUACACUAAUAUGUCAUAUAAUAAUAAUACUCCUAUAGUCGAACAUAUAAUAACAACAUAUAAGUUGAUUUGUAUUUGUAUGUUUUUCAGUUUAUUUAUUUAAGAUCUAUUAUUACCUUAUAUAGCACCGCCUUUCGAACCUGACAGCCCGUUCGCAGGAUACACGCGUUAUUUCGCACUGAAAUAAGAAAUGUGACAAGGGAUGAAAUUACAACACGGCG